AUGGCCGACAUGGAAGACUACCUCCAGUCGGACUUCGACCCCAGCAAGGUCACCAUGCCUCGCUUGCGAUCGAUACUUGUCACCCACGACAUUGGGUUUCCCGCCACAGCCAAAAAGGCGCAGCUUGUGCAGCUUGUGAACGAACAGGUCAUGCCACAAGUUUCCAAGUUGCGCGCACAAAAGCUUCGCGCCAAACGGUCGAGCAUGGGCAUCGUGAAUGCUGGCAGCGCCGAAGACGUUGGGGACUGGGACGACUCGGUCAUCGAGCCUCCCGCGUCUGUUAGGAGAGGCAAGUCACCCCGGAAGUCGUCGACACGCGUCAAGAGCGAAGAAUAUGACGAAGCACACAUGGCGACGCCCCGAGUGACAUCCCGGCAGUCGCGUGCCUCGCGUUCUGUCAGUCGCGCACAAUCACACGCCGACGACUACGAAGCCCCGAAAUCUACAGCCAGCCGUCGCAUGAGCCGCCGGACAGUAACACCCUCUAUCAAAGAUGAAUCAGGGGACGACAACGAUAACCCCUUCUCUGAUGAUAACCCCUUCCAGAGUGGUGUUUCUCCCACUGGCACCGUUCAGAAAACACCUCGCAACAACUACAGGCGGCGCUUGAGUGCGAUUGAGGUGGCAAAGAGUGCGCAGUCAGCGCGCCACAGCACAGGCCAUCAAGCUGGGCUGUCGGUGUCCAAGACUAGAAGACAGCAGCAGACACCUCAGCCAGAGUUCGACGACACCGAGGACGAUAGCGACGACAUGGAGCCUGGCGAGGAGUUCACGCCUGACGCACAACUCGAGCUCGAGGCAGCUGCCAGCCAAGGUGAAGUGAUGCCACCGCGCAAGACUUCGAGAAUGCCUUUCCUGGAGCCUCAAUGCGAGCAAUGCCCGCCGCACGCCUAUUGCUACGAGAACUUCGAGACGCGCUGCGAGCAAGAUUUCAUUCUGCGUCUGCACCCGCUGUCGUUCGGCGGUCUGGUACCUCUGCCUCCGUCGUGCGAGCCUGACGGUGAGAAGGCACGCCGUGUGAAGGCUGUUGCCGACAAGGCCAUUGAGGAACUGCGUGACCGCCGGGCCAAGUUCGAGUGCGGUGAGCUCGUUGAUACCGCCGGGCACCAGCAAGACUCGCCGUCUAUUGACGAGGAGGAACUCAAGGAGACGGUGAGCGCCAAGCGUAACAAGAAGCUCAACAGCGCCGAAUUCGAGGACCUGUGGAUAGCAGCCAUUGGUGAGAUCACAGCUCGCGAGGAGGUUUCCGCCAAGGCUAUCGAGCAGGUUCCUGCGUUAGUCGAGACCGUCUUGACCAAGCUGUUGAGCCAGAAGGAAGUUGGUGCCGAGGAUGACGAGGAGGAUCCCUGGCUGUUUUUGCCCAACCUGCGCGACGAUGUGCUUCGCUCUGUUCACUCCUUGCGCGAGCGAGAGCACAUCUGGCAAAAGGUGAAGGCUGUCGUCGAGAUGAACAGCAAUGUCCGCACCAGUCAACGCGAGGGUGCAAAUGGCGAGUUUGGCCACUCGAAGAAGUGGCAAGAGUCAAGGCCUAUCUACUAG